AUGGCCAACAGACUCCCCCUUGUGGCAAUCUCGCUCGGCUUCUGCGCCGUGGUCUGGCAACUGUUUCUGCGAGACGCCCUGUUCAACGGCAUGGGACUCGGUCGGACCGUGCAGCCCGUCACAGACUUCCCAUACCGAUGCCACCGAGUGAGCGGCGAUGCAAACAUCCAGGCCUGCGAAGACAUGUGGCUGGACCAGAGAUCCAGAACGCUGUAUCUGGCGUGCUCGGACGCGCUGGCGAGGAAGGAGUGGAUGCCAAAUAUUCAUCGCUUCAAUGCCUCCGGGAGAGCGUUGCAUGACCAUGUAGUCGCGAUGGAUAUUGACAGCCCGACCGGCUCAGGAGGCUACGCUUAUCGCGUACUCAAGAUGCAAGGGUUUCCCGGCGUGCAUGGCGAUGGUCGAAUCCACGUCGUCGGCAUGACUGGGACUACCUCUGCAGAUGGCUCGGAUGUUCGGUUGUGGUUGAUCAACGCGCGUCCUUCGGUUGAUCCAGAGACGGGAGAAUUGCUCGACAACGCGGUCGUGGGGGGAAACUCGACCAUUGAAGUUUUCGCGACUGAACCGGGUUCUGAUAGUAUGAAGCAUGUCAAGACAUAUGCUGACCCCCAGAUUGCAACGCCCAACAACGUCGCUGUGAUGCCAGAUGGCGGGUUCUUCUUUACGAACGAUCACGGUCCGCACAAGGUUGGCCUGCAACAUCAUCUAUCUGCCUUUAUAGGCACAGGAGAUGUCUCGUAUUGCAGCGCGGCCGGUGUGUGCAAGAAGGUCGCCUCUGGGUUCAAGUUCCCCAACGGACUCCAUCUCGGGAGCGACGGCCUUGUCUAUGUGCCCAGCGCGGCCGUGGGAGGCAUCACCGUGUUCAAACCGAAUCCGGACGGUUCGGUGGUCAGGGUGCACAGCAUCGACCUCGAUUAUCCCAUCGACAACCUCUCUGAGGAUGCCAAUGGAGACAUCUUCGCCGCGACUCUGCCUAAAUCGAUGAAGACAUUGGCCGCCUUUGACGACCCGCUCAAUCCAAAGAGCGCCCCGGCAACUGUAUGGCGGGUUCGCAGGUUGAACAGAGAGAUUGCGGGCAGAUACAAGUAUGAGCUGACGAAAAUCAUCGAGGACGCUGAGGGAGAGGUAUUGCCCGGCAUGACGACUGUGAUCCAUGAUGCGCGGACGGGUACAUUGUUCAUGAGUGGGGUUGUGUCACCGUUUAUCACCGUGUGCAAGAAGGUCUGA